UAAGUGUGUAAAUCACGGACAUGAGUAUUGGUAAUCAAAUAAACCAACGUGCUGACAAACUAAUACGACCUAUUACUCCUAGUAAAGUUACCUUAUUUGGGGAAAGACUUUGUUGGGUUGACUGGAGUAGGGUCCUUGUGUGGACAAACGCUGAAUCCAACUUUGAUGCUUUUUUCUGUACAUUUUUAAACAUUUUUAAUGAAAUUUUCCCGGAGAGAGUUGUUAAGACUAAACAAAACCUGUCCAAGAAAGUUGUUUUACCGUCAUGGGUAAAUCAAUCUCUUAUGGAGAAGAAGAAAUGGGUACUCUAUGCCUAUGAUGUCUACAGAAGUACCAAAACAGAGGAAUCCAGGAGUUACUACAAUAAUCUUAAGAAAUGCUAUAAACAAGACUUGAAUCAAGCUAAACUUGAAUACAACAUGCACAAAAUUGAGAGUGCGAGCAAUAAAUGUGCGGCAGCAUGGGGUGUUAUUAGGUCACAAUCAGCUACCCCGAAAUCUACAGGCACUCUGGUGGAUCCUGAUGUGUUCAACUCCCAUUUCAUUGACUCGGUCCAGGUGGCUAGAGAUGGUAUUGGAGCCUCUGAAGCAUCUCCUCAAGAACUUCUUCACCCUGCACCAACUGCGGCUGGCUGUCUGCGCACAUGGAGACUGGUGGACCCGGACCAUGUGGCGAAAGUUGUUGGAAAUAUGAAGAACACCUCGAAGGCACGGAACCAGUCUCAAAAAACCUUCCAAACAAGUGUGAGAAACCUGUUGCUGGCACACCCAUUGUUCUCAGUCCAGGAGUUUUAUAAAAUCCCAAGUAAUAUUGUAAGUAGCUUUUUUAAGACUUGAGUGAUGUUUGCAGUUUGCUUUUUAUUUAUUUGGGUUUGUAGUUAGCUGCAUGGUUUUGUCUGCAUGGUGUGCUUUGUUAAGAUGCAAACUGUAUUUGUUUCUGUACUUUUUCUUUUCAAAGAGUCAGAUUCUUGAGCUACCUGACAUUCGAGCAAAUGUGAGUAUAUAAGCCUUUUUUGCGUGCUGUGUUUGCUUGGUUUUUCUUAGGUUAAGUUUUUGCAAUGAUUGUAUAUAUUGACAAUUGUAUUUUUUGUUGACGAUGCCCAUUGCAUUUGUACAAUGCUUAAAGGAAAAUAAA